CAUGCAUCAAAGAUAUUCAUAAUUUAAUUGGCGCAAACGUAGAUUUAAAAGAAUUUUCAUUGGAGUAUGAUGAAUUGAUAUCAAUGGAAAAUAUACCUAUCUGAAUUACAAAAAAUGAAACUUAUUAAACUAGUAAAAACAUUAUGUGGCUCAAAACAUUUUCCAAAUGUUUGUACGAUGUUGGCGAGUGUGGCAGCUGCUAAACAUCAUAGUGUUGAUGUUGAAAGUUUAAUAAGUGCCAGCAACUUAUUAAAAUCACCAUUACGCUCAACUAUGAAUAUUGAGACAGACAAUUUGAGCUUAUAUAUAAAUUAUAAUAUGCCACCAUUAUACGGUUGGGAUGCUAGGGACACAGUUUACCAUUGGAUGUCUAAAAAGAAAUAUCGAGUCCUUAAAAGAAGAAAAGGAAAGGAACAAUGUUAUUUUGGUGGCAUUUUCUUUGAAGUAUCUGGUAAAAACAAAAUUAUCGAUAGUGACGAAGACACUGAAGAUAAAAAAAAAAAAAUUUAAUCUGUUAUUAUUCUUAAUAAAUUGUAAUGAAUAAAGUUAUGUAUAAAGUGUUUACAUGUGUAGUCAAUAAUAUAUUAUAUAGUUUGGUAAACAGUGGUUGUUAAGCGAAUUUAGCGAGCGACGAAUUUAUUUAAUCUACAUGUACAAAAAUAUUAAAAUGUUGGCAGUUCUACAAUUUUCUUAG